UUCCUCUUCCUUCUUGAUGUCUCAAAUUCUCUUCCUUUAAAGUCCUUAAUCAAAACCCUAAACCCAUAAUUCCAAUCCCUCCUUUCGAAUUCUUCAAUCUCCUUCUCUCUCUCUCUUUCACACACAAUCGCUGAUCGAUUCUGAAAUUCGUAGCUAUGGAAGCAACAGCGUUAUCAUCUGGGUUUAAUCCUCUAAUCAAGCGUAAAGAUCACAGAUUUCCCAGGUCAUAUGCUCAGAGAAAGUCUCUGUCUUUGAUUCAAUUUGAUUCAAAGGAGAGAUCUUUUGGACUCAAGAACUCGAAACUUGAAGGGUCUAUUGCGAUCACGCGUCGUGGAUUGAGUUUUAAGACGAAUGUGUUUGAGCAAGCUCAUUCUGUGACUGGAGAUUGUUCUUUUGAUGAGGCUAGAGAUAAAACACGUUCUCUUGUUGCAGAAGAUAAGAUUGGUGUCUUGCUUUUGAAUUUAGGUGGUCCUGAAACUCUUAAUGAUGUUCAACCUUUCUUGUAUAAUCUCUUUGCUGAUCCGGAUAUUAUAAGGCUUCCUAGACCAUUUCAGUUUCUUCAAGGGACUAUAGCGAAGUUUAUAUCUGUUGUUCGUGCUCCGAAAUCGAAAGAAGGGUAUGCUGCUAUUGGUGGUGGUUCUCCUUUGCGUAAAAUAACUGAUGAGCAAGCGGAUGCUAUUCGUAUGGCGUUGCAAGCGAAGAACGUUGCUGCUAAUGUUUACGUUGGUAUGCGGUAUUGGUAUCCGUUCACUGAGGAGGCUGUUCAGCAGAUAAAGAAGGACAAAAUUACAAGACUUGUUGUACUGCCAUUGUACCCUCAGUAUUCUAUCUCCACGACGGGUUCAAGCAUCCGCGUUCUCCAAGACUUAUUCAGGAAAGAUCCGUACCUAGCUGGAGUGCCGGUAGCUAUUAUACAGUCCUGGUACCAAAGGCGAGGGUAUGUCAAUUCCAUGGCCGACCUCAUUGAGAAGGAGCUUCAAACUUUCUCUGAUCCUAAGGAGGUUAUGAUAUUCUUCAGUGCCCAUGGUGUUCCGGUCAGCUACGUAGAAAAUGCUGGAGAUCCGUACCAGAAGCAGAUGGAAGAGUGUAUUGACUUGAUAAUGGAAGAGCUAAAAGCUAGAGGGGUUCUUAACGACCAUAAAUUGGCAUACCAGAGUCGUGUUGGGCCUGUUCAAUGGCUGAAGCCAUACACCGAUGAGGUUCUUGUCGACCUUGGUAAGAGUGGUGUUAAGAGUCUACUAGCCGUUCCAGUCAGUUUCGUGAGUGAGCACAUUGAGACACUUGAAGAGAUAGACAUGGAGUAUAGGGAACUAGCUCUGGAGUCAGGGGUAGAGAACUGGGGACGGGUACCAGCACUAGGUCUCACACCAUCCUUCAUCACCGACUUAGCUGAUUCAGUGAUAGAAUCGCUUCCUUCAGCAGAAGCAAUGUCGAACCCAAAUGCAGUACUCUCAGAAGAUAGCGAGUCUUCAGAUGCUUUCAGUUACAUUGUCAAGAUGUUCUUCGGUUCGAUUCUGGCUUUCGUCCUACUUCUCUCCCCAAAGAUGUUCCAUGCUUUUCGGAACCUAUAGAAUCUCGUUGGUUUUGUGUUAAUCGUUUCUUAGAGAAAUGUCUUGGUCAAAUUCAAUAUAUAUAGUCCAAUCUAUUGAAGUACUAGUACACCAGUUCUAAUAAGCUGAUGUGGGUAAG